CCGUCGUUUGCGCAUGUCGUCGACAGCUUUGCUUCAUCAACAUCAAAGCUAACUUGGAGUCGCUUGCAGUUAUACGCUAUUGUAAUAUACUGUGAAAAUGGAGGAAUUGAGUGAGAUUGCAGAUCGGGACACUAAGAAGGAUGAGAAGGAUCAUGAGAAGGACGCGCGACACAAGAGUUUCAAGAAGAAACAGGCUCGGAAGAAAAAGAGCCAGACGGCGAAUGCAACCAGUGAAAAUAUUAACAAUAACAAAGAAGAGAAAAAAAUGCCUAGUGCAUGCAAUAUCUCUAUAAAAGAUAUCCAGAUGGCUAUGGAGGUAUUUAAUAUGCAACAAAAACCUGCCAAAACUCAGGAGGAAGCCAUGCAAAAACCUUACCAAUUCUGGAGUACACAACCAGUACCAAAAAUGGAUGAGAAAAUUGUACGCAACGAGGCAAUUGAGCCUGAUAAAACAUCCGUCAGGGAAGAGCCAUAUUCGUUACCCGCUGACUUUCAAUGGGACACCUUGAAUCUAGAUGACCCUCUGGUCCUAGCUGAAUUAUAUACACUACUCUCAGAAAAUUAUGUUGAGGAUGACGAUGCAAUGUUUAGAUUCGAUUACCCUCCAUACUUUUUGAAAUGGGCGUUGCAACCUCCAGGCUGGUGCAAGGAAUGGCAUUGCGGCGUGCGAGUGAGCAAAAGCGGACGUCUAGUCGGUUUUAUUUCCGCUAUUCCAGCCACUCUGCGCGUCUAUAAUCAUACACAGAAAAUGGUGGAAAUUAAUUUCUUGUGUGUGCACAAGAAACUGAGAUCGAAAAGGGUCGCACCCGUGUUAAUACGCGAGAUCACGAGGAGGGUGAAUUUGAAAGGUAUCUUUCAGGCUGUAUACACUGCCGGUGUUGUUUUACCAAAACCGAUCGCAACAUGCAGGUACUGGCAUCGAUCCUUAAAUCCAAGGAAGUUAAUUGACAUCAAAUUUUCUCAUCUCACUCGUAACAUGACGAUGCAGAGAACUUUAAAGCUGUACAAACUGCCAGACAACACAAAAGUACCGGGAUUCAGAAAGUUGGUUUACGCUGACGUGCCGCAAGCGCAUAAGAUAUUGACAGAAUAUCUGGAGAAGUUCGACCUCGCUCCGGUAUUCUCGAUCGAGGAGUUCCAGCAUUGGUUUUUGCCACAAACGGGUAUCAUUAACAGUUUCGUAGUGGAGAACGAGGGAAAGAUUACGGAUAUGGUGAGUUACUACACGUUGCCGAGCUCCAUCAUGCAUCAUCAGACGCACAAAACUCUCAGAGCCGCGUACAGUUUCUACAAUGUGUCCACUGUGACGCCGUGGCUCGAGCUGAUGAUGGACGCUUUAAUAUCCGCUCGUGAUUUGGGUUUCGACGUGUUCAACGCGUUGGAUCUCAUGGACAACAAGGAGUUCUUGGAGCCGCUUAAGUUCGGCAUCGGCGACGGUAAUUUACAAUAUUACCUUUACAACUGGCGUUGCCCCAGUAUGACACCCGGCAAAAUCGGUCUCGUGCUCCAGUAGAUUUGUAGCUCGACGAGUCGUUGCCUAGGUUGUUUCGCGUUUGCGUCUCACGGCAAUGAAAGGAAGAAGAGGGAGAUAGCGGUUGAACAUGUACCAAGGACACCAUCACGCAGCGAAUAGUGCGAGAAGCAGUAAAAACAGCGGUGUCAGACGAGGACGAGCGCGACCUCGAUUUUUCUUAUCGGAAAGGGUAUACAAAUCACGCUUGGUGACGGUAAAAAAAAAAAAAUACGAAUUCUCUUGCAGGAUUGUUCUGUAAAACGAGUCAGAUGGUUGGUUAGCUCAGUAUCUCGCAAGUAAUUCUUGUCUUGGCCAUCGGCCCGAGCAUCCUGCCGAGAAACACCAUUCGAGGUCGAGUCGUUUGUGCGAUCGAGACUGCUGCGGAAAUGAUGCGUCGUGCGGUGCAUAUACAGAUUGUACAUGUAUAUGCGUAUCUGCGUGAACUCGAGCAAUGUAGAUAAGCAACAUGCGUUUAAUAGCGACUAUAUGGCGACACGUUGCCCUGGUAUGCCCGCGGAUUUUCAAUAAUGUAAGACGCCUCUUAGACGCCAAGUCUUUAUCUUUUUUUUUUUUUUUU